AUGGAAAAAAACCCGACUGAAUCGGACAAUUUUAAAUUUACUUAUGGCCUGCCAUCUCAGUUCUGUUCAACUUUAGUGGACCGGUACUUGUACGUAAAUCAAGGGUACGUUACUCAUGGGCUAGAAAGAAGAGUAGAUAAUUCCCCUUUUUGGAUUACAGUACCCUAUGAUGCGAAUAGACAGUCCCUUAAAUCAAAGUACAUGCAGAGAAGAGAAUUCCCAUAA